AUGAAGAACAUCCCCCAAUAUCGUCAGAAGAUGGACAGCUUUCUUUCUGGGGAAGACUAUCUAGUGAAGUGGAGCGUAGAAAAGUGUUAUCGUAACGUAUUUUUGUUUUUCCAACCCUGGCUACUACUUGGAAGUUGGAUUACUUUGGCAAUUUCUUCUGAUUGGGUAACGGAUCCUACUCUAAACAUUAUGACUGUAGUAUUUUCGGUCGCUUACAGUGCUGCCAAUAUACUACAAUCGUUCAUUACAAAUCCCUCCAUGUACAGCCGUCUUGUGUCUUAUGCAAUGAUAAUGCUACCCAACGGUUGCUCACCGAUGGAAGAUCCGGUAAUGAUGUAUAAGCGGUCGGAAGUCUUAAAGCAACGAAAGAAGCCUAAAGAAAGCAGAAGGCAGUUGGCACAGUUACCGCAAGAGAUGAAUACAUAUACAUGGAAACCUGGUUAUCCGGCAGUCUACAUAAAUGAGUCAGAAAAUGGCCAAAACAAAUUACGUUCCGCAGCUGUUAGCGAUCAGAUCAGAUUUUUGGUUUUGAAAUGGAUGGUACGAACAAGAACGAAAGAUCCUCAACGAGACCCAGCCAAAGCUACACCAUAUGAUACUGAGCUGAGGAGCUUACUCGACAAUCUAUUCAACGUGAUUGGUAGCUUGAGAAUCCUGCGACCAAGAAAAAUGGGUUUUCAAGACGACGACGUUAAAGUACUGGAAGACUACAACGCCCUUUUCACGUACGAUCCCUUUCAAGCUUGUUGGGUCUCGGUAGUGGGAGUUAAUGGAUGUACUAGAUCUAUGAAGUCUUUGAGAACUCCCAUAAAUUUGCUGCAAAGCACGUUAUCCAAGGAGUCAACUGCGAACAAUGAGCAUGAACAGGCUGACUUACCCAAGUCAAAACCAAUGCUAAGAAAUGAAGCAAGUCGCUAUUGGAUGCUUAGGAAAGAGGAAAGAACACUGUUACAGGUUAAGGCCAGGACUUAUGUGAACUGUAUCUACAUUAUUACGACUCUUUUUGGAUCCGAUUGGUUGGGCCACGAAAGUCAGGAAGUAACACAAGGGACCAGCUUUUUCGAAAAAAAGAAUUUCCAUCAUACUCAUCUCCGAGACUUCGUGUUUUUUGACUUGAACGUUGGCCAGAUCCGAUUGGUGGGCCACGUAUUUUCUAUCAUACACAUCUUCGAGAUUCUGAUCACUAACUUGAACGUUGGCCAGGUAGCCGAGGACUUAUGUGAACUGCAUCUACAUUAUUACGACUCUUUUUAG